GCAUGCGCUUUCUCUAUGUGUGCUUUCGUUUUAGUUUACGCUUUCAUUUUACGAGACGUACGGCCGACUAGUUGAGCGGAAGAAAACGGUGGUGAUUGUUGGGGUGCAGAGCAGUUGGGGCUGGCCUAGAGCUCUCCAGGGUUUCAGAUGAUUUUAGGAGAUUAGGACAAACUGCGGAUACACAAGGUGAUGGAUCAUACAAAUCCAGGAAUGCUGAAUAUGGAUCAUGAGAAAAAGCUGCUGGAUUUUCCUUCCAGAUCUGCAGAUGGACAAGAGGGAAAACCAGCUUGUGUCAAGACAAUCGAACAGAAAUUAUGGUCAACUUGUGAUAAACACAAAAAGGCAAUAAUUGGAAUUGUUGUUUCUUACCUCAUCUUUGGCUGCUUCUUCUUUUUCCUGGGAACAUUACUGCCAUUGAGCUGCCAACAGGAUGCCACUGAUUGUCCACCUGACUGGAUUACACAUCAGGGACACUGCUACAAAUUUUCAAGAGAAGAAAAGAACUGGAAGGAAAGCCAGAACUCCUGUAUUUUGCAUAAAGCUUCCCUAGCCAAAAUUACAAAGGAGGAAAUGGCUAUUGUGAGGGUGUUCACAAGAGACCACAUCUUUUGGAUCGGCCUCAGAAGAGAACCAGAUCAGCCCUGGAAGUGGCUAGAUGGAGAAAAUUCAAUGUUGGAAAUCAUGGGAAAUGCAGGAGACUGUGCGUUUUUGAACAAUGAUGCCACAGCCAGCUCAGGGAGAUGCAACACUGAACACCGCUACAUCUGCAAAAAAAAUUGAUCCAAAGAUUUUCUGUGCCUUAUGGAAACUGAGAUUCUUCACCUUAGUCUGCAAGAUUGCUCACACUAAACCUGGCUGCUUCACUUUGAGAUGCACUUCUUUUAUUACUAGAGGCCCAUUCAGUUUUCGGGAUAGGCAUUUCUUUUUUCUUCUGCUAUGGCUUGUAAAGCUCUAUUUUGCACUGCCCAUUUUUUAUACUUGGCAUCUUUUAUAAUGUUACAAUAAAAAUAUAUAUGGCAGCUUUGGAAGCCAUACUAGGCCGAAGGCUUCCAUACGCUGCCACAGUUCUCCUCUUUGGGAAAAGAGGGGAGGAGGGUGGUAGUGCAAGGGAUAUUUUUUUUCCUGCCGGUUAAGGUCAGGCUGGGUUCGCAUCUGGAGAAGGAGUGGCUGGAGUGAUGGGUCAACAUGGGAUGGUUGGAGAUUGGAGCAUAUGACCGGCAGAGGGGUCAUGAGGGUGGAGAUUUUGGGGUUUGUAUUACUGAGGGACGAACCGGAAUCCCCGGUUUCGGUUUUCAUCCAACUGUGCCAGUUUACCUAUGCCAGUAAAAGAACUUUGAAAGAUA